AUGGUCCUGCGAAAACGAGCUCCUCCGCACCUUCAUAACCUCAGUCAAGGGAAUGCCCGCUUCGAGCCUCACUCUUCACGCUCACGAACUUCCCCAACGUCCUUCUCUGUCUCAUCACCCUCCCCCAAGCGCCUGACCCGGCCUUCCAGAGCUCAGAGCUCCCCGCACCCUAGCCGUAUUCCGUCGCAGGAAUCGAUCUUCUCACCCGAUCUGAAUACGUCACCGGCAUUCGAUUUAAUGUCUUUGGAGCAGGCGCAGAGGUCCCCGAUUCGGACCGCGUCCACGGACACUCCGAAUCCAUGGGCGGACGAGCUUGUCGAGAAUCCGAAUCACAGUCCCCGGGAGAAUGGUGGCCCAACAUCUCAACCGGGUAUCAACGGUGGCCUACAAAAUGGCGAGGAGGCGGAUACUAGGAAAGGUGACCGGGUGCCUUCGAUACUACUUUCAGGCACCCAGCGCCGAAUGGCUGCAAAUGAGCCCCCACCGAAUCAAGGGGCCGCCGAUACCUCUGAUUGGGAGUAUUUGGGCGCUUCGCCUCCUCAGUUACAGUCGAACAAUCCAUUUCUGAAGACCUCAAAAAAUGAGAGCAACCCGUGGGCUGAUAGAAACUCUCGCGCGUCGUCACUUUCUAGAGAUGAUGCGAGCCGUGGCUUAGGUCUAGAUGAGGGCUAUAUCCCAAUGACCGCGCGCUUAUCUCUUUUCGACCAAAAUCAGGAAUCCGAAUCCCCUUGGGCUCAUGAGUCUAGCCACAGUCAGGGUGUAGGAAUGAGUGGCCAGCGAACCGGUGUCAUAUCUACCAAUUCCCAGGGAGCCCACGCUACCUUUGAUGGUUCGCAACCGGCGUCACAUCAGCUUCAGCCUGAGCAACCUCCUUCGCAACCCAGAAUAAGUACACCAGGAACCGUAUCCACCGCUACUACGGGAUCAUCUCACGUUCUCAUUGAUUUCGAUGAAUCGCCCAUGCAGGAAACUGGAACUGAUUCUCGACAAGCUACUGCACCUACUACUGACACGGCUUCAAUUCAAGGCUAUGGUCGCCCGGCUGCGCUCCAAAAUGUACAUCCUGACAAUGUUACGCCUGGCUCAGCUAUACCGCCUAGCUCUCAGCAGCCGCAAACCGCUACGAUUCCUGAUGAUACCGCGCAACAACAGGAGAAACGAGCCGAGACUUAUUCAAUUAGACAUAUAAAUUGGAAAGAUAAUACGGGAGUAUUACGCGAAUCUCCUAUGCUGAUACAGAAUAAAAAUGGGCCUUGCCCACUCCUAGCGUUGGUGAACGCGCUCAUCUUACGUGCAGCAAGCCAGGGAACCCCGCCUCCAAUAGUUAGGGCUUUGCGAACUAGGGAGCAUAUUUCUCUGGGGCUAUUAAUUGAGGCCCUAUUUGACGAACUAACAACACGUUUGGGGCCCGAUGAUGAGUUCCCAGACAUUGAGGCUCUUAGUCGGUUUUUGACUAUGUUGCAUACGGGCAUGAAUGUCAACCCGCGACUGACAUUGGAAUCGGAAUCUGCCGUCGGCACGUUCCUCCAAACAGAAGAUAUCAAGUUUUAUAGAACAUUUGGGGUACCUCUAGUUCAUGGCUGGAUUGCGAGCCCCUCGACAGAUGCAACUGCCGCAUUGGAGCGAGUUGGUGAAUAUCACGAAGAUAUCCAACUACUUCCGUUCCGUAAACAGGAACUUGAGGACCGAGUUUUCCAGGGAACAACACUUACCACGGAGGAAGAAAGAGUGAUGUCGGAUAUACAAGCAAUUCAACAUUUUACCGAUAUCGACAAUGCGACACAGUUGAGUCCUUACGGCCUUGAGCAACUGACUAGAACCCUGCAGCCUGGCUCGUUCUCAAUUCUAUUUCGAAACGACCAUUUCUCCACCGUUUACAAACACCCGCAACUCCACCAACUUUUCACACUCGUUACCGAUGCUGGCUACUCUAGCCAUGCUGAAAUCGUAUGGGAAAGUCUCGUUGAUGUGAACGGGUCGAAUGCAGGCUUUUAUUCUGGUGAUUUUAGACUCGUUAGCCAGCAUACAGCCCAUGCCUCCGACCCAUCCGGUCCACGAACGUCGAGCAAUGAGGGACCGCGGCAUCCACCUGCACUCUCUGCGCAAGAGCAAGCGGACGCAGACUUUGCAUAUGCCCUCUCGCUUCAGUACCAAGAAGAGGAGCGACGACAGUCAAAUCCCAACCACACGCGCUCCCAAAGCGCCGCGAAUCUUGGGGCUAGCGCAAGCACCCCUACUGUGAAUCCACGACAACGUCAGUCGUAUGGGAGUCGUUCACAGACCAACGUCCAAAGUAGUUCUCAGGGGAACGAUGACCCAGAAGAUGGACCACCUCCAUCUUACGAACAGGCAGCCAAGAGCCCGGUAUAUACCGGUACGCCACCCCCACAACGGAGCCCUAAUAAUCUGGGUACUCCCUCGCGAAGCCAGUAUCCAAGGGAUCGAUAUGGCAGGUAUGCGGAUCCUAGCAGAUAUACGGAUCCACGCAGGGAGAGGGAAAGAGACAGGGACUGCAUAAUCAUGUAA